UCUGGAAAACUGUCAGCUGUGCCCAAGGCCAAUCCAUCUUUUUCACUCAGAGCUGAUGUUUAUCCCACGGAUCUACUGGACAGCACAUACACGUGACAACAUCAUCUCCCACAAAUCCCAGGACACUCUUCCUUCUGUGUGGAUUAAAGUCUAUAUCAGGGAAACUAGAGCUUAAACAACUGGGAUUUUUCCCAUGUUCUGUAGGAAAUGAGACUUUGGCAUCUGUCUUUUCUCUCUACAUGGACGAAAAGCCAAGGAAAGUGUACUAAAAGCUGACCGACAGGAUUAAGUUAACUUACAAAACUUACAAAAAACCCAAAGAAGAGCCUGAUGGUGUCAUAUGAUAUGGAUUAAUUGUACUCAGUCAGAGCGCCCAGCUGCAGCACUUUGGCUCCUGAUGAAACUGAUGUUUUUCUGCAUAAUUCGUAGUCAGUUUGGAGCCGUUAGCCCUCCCGCACUGUGUGUCAUAGCAUGUGGCUUGGGCUCAACAUCCACAGCAUCUUAAUUACAUAGCCGAACCGAUUUAGACCACGGAGGAAACAUAACUACAUCUGGAGAUAUGCUGCGAUGUAGAGGGAUGCACAACGCUGGAGACAUCUGAUCUGCUUUCCUCACAUUUUUGGUUCUCUUUACCUAUGCGAUUACCCAAAAGAAGCCCAAGAGAUCCCGCUCUCUCUCACACAUGCACCUAGUAAGUUUUUGAGUAUAACGUCUGUAACCUUUCUAGUGCUUCUCUUUCUCUCCACCACUGACGUCCCAUUCACACAUCCCGCUAUAAUGAAGCCUUUAAUUAAUGAUGCACAGGUUCAAAUUAGCCUGGUUCAGUGACUAUCCAGGGCCGUUGGUCCCUGCAGACACAGUGACCUUUGGAAAGGGCCAGACUACUGCUCUGUGGCCAAGCACCUUCACACACACACACACACAUACACAUGCACGUACAUCUACCCUUGAGCCCUUGGCAGUAAAUAGUGAAUGGUAAAUGUCAGCGCUCUGGCCAUUGAAUUAUACAGUUUAUUUGAAUAAGUGUUAGAGCACCACAAUCUCCACCAACAGCUUGCCUCUGUCCACACAUCAGCCUUCAGCAAGCUGGGAAUUUUCUCUUUGAUUAGCGGGAUUAUAUUGUCUUUUAUCUUGCGCUUGCUCUGUUACUGUCUCUCUUUUCCUGUUCCUUGCAGCGGCAGCCAUGAGGGUUGCACCGACACAUUUGGCUGGACUACAGAGCAGCGUUCCACGUGGAUAAAUUAGUUUAUUUCGUGUCGGGGUUACACAUUCUUGCCAUAUUUUUUUACAACUGCACGGCUCGUGGAAGAUGACAGGAAAGACUUAAAAGGGCCUGAUGCACCUUUUAAGAGCAGCAACAAAAAUUUGUAAAUCAUCAAGAGGGAGUGAGGGCUAGUUCUUCACAGACAGCGCUGAAGGAAACGCUCAACUCCCUCCACCUGCCGGCUCCGAGCGAGCGAGAGCUAGAACUGAGGUCUCUGGCAGACUGGCAGUUGCUCCUGAUCUCUAGCCUGGUGGUUUGUUGAUGCAUAUGCCUUGAUUUUCACGUUCCUCAGCCCUCCUCCUCUGUGCCCGUAUAAUGCUCUGUUGCCGGUGUGCCGUCCUGGAGCCAUGCCCAUCCCCGAGAUGGCUUUGAGCCCGGUGAAGUCUCUGUACUGGGAGGUGUUCCCCUCCAUGGCCACGCAGCGGGUGUACUGCACGCCCGUGCUCUGGGCUGGGCGCCUCUACGUGCUGGGGGGCUGCAGUGAGAACGGCCUUUCUCUGGACUCUGUUGAGGUGCUGGAUCUGGAGAGCCAGCGCUGGUGUGAGCUGCCCCCUCUCCUCACCGCUCGGGCCGGGGCAUCCGCCGUGGCCGUCGGAGACCAGCUGAUGGUCAUGGGAGGCAUGAACGUGCAGCAGAGCCCACUGGCCUCAGUGGAAGUAUAUCACCCUGAUGAGGGAAAGUGGGAGAGGAAGACAGGACUGGGGCAGCCCUCUAUGGGCAUCACCAUGCUGGAGAAUG